AUCACACAACCUCACAAGAACCACAGGAAUCUCAAAAGUUCAUUCAAAGAAGUAACUGAUAACAUAGAUAUCCACCACAUACAAACAUAGUGCCCAUAAACAGCUCCAUACUGAGAUUAACCACCUAAUUAUAGAUCUGUCAAAAUCAACGAACGAUUAAGGUUAUACACAAUCCAAUAGAUACAACAACAAUUAAAUAAAAAUGGCUGAAACAGAUGACUACACAUAUGAUUAUGAAUAUUUAUUCAAAAUUGUAUUGAUUGGUGAUUCAGGUGUUGGUAAAUCCAAUCUUUUAUCCAGAUUUACUCGUAAUGAAUUCAAUCUUGAAUCUAGAUCCACAAUCGGUGUUGAAUUCGCAACCAGAACGGUGGAAAUUGAAGGUAAAAGAGUCAAGGCACAAAUUUGGGAUACUGCAGGUCAAGAACGUUACAGAGCUAUAACAAGUGCUUAUUAUAGAGGUGCUGUUGGUGCUUUAUUAGUGUAUGAUAUCUCAAAAUCAGAAAGUUAUGAAAAUGUUAGUAAAUGGUUGAAAGAAUUGAAAGAACAUGCGGAUGAAAACAUAGUUAUUGAAUUAGUUGGUAACAAAUCUGAUCUUGAUCAUCUAAGAGCAGUCCCAACUGAAGAAGCCAAACAAUUCUCAGCUGAAAACCAAUUGUUAUUCACAGAAGCUUCUGCCCUUAAUGCUGAAAAUGUUGAUUUAUCUUUCCAACAAUUGUUGAAAUCAAUUUAUGAUAUGGUCUCAAAACAUCAAUUUGAUUUAUCUGAUUAUUCUGGUCCUAAACCUUCAGGCGGUCCAACUAUCUCAUUGACUCCAACUCCUGGUAAUGAAUCAAGCAAAAAUAAGAGUAACUGUUGUUAAUCAAAAUAUUUAACCCUAUAUACUAAACAAAGAAUCGGACACAUUCACUACUUCAUAAUUUCUCAAUAGUUACCCAUAGCCACCACA